UCCUGCCAUAGUUAUCCCCGCGCGGCGGCGCCGAUCCGGUUUCCUGUCCCGCGAAUUGCCUUUGUCCGAUUCAUUUAAAUCGAAAUUGCAACCUGGGACGGCGGUCACCUCUGCUGGGUUCAACUAAAUAGAGGGGUGAAACCUGCCCCGAUCUCUCGUAUCGGCUUCAGGAGGGUAUCAUGGGGCUGCUGGAGCUUAACCGGUUGAUGUCCAUGCGGCAGCGUCGGCGCCACCGGAAAAUCCAAUCCCGUAGUAUGUCGAUUUCUUCGGCUAAACGAAAGGGCUUGCCCGGUCAACAAGACGUCAAUCCCCAAGCUUGCAAACGAAGGACGUAUUCAGUGCCGGACCUUCCAAAGGACAUCUGGCAUGAUAUACUGUCCCUGCUGCCGCUGUCAGAUGCUGCCCGAGCUGGCUGUGUGUCUCACACAUUUGUAAGCUCCUGGAGAUCCCAUCCCAACCUCACCUUAAGCAAGGAAACACUGGGCCUGAAUGGAAAUGCAUGUGGACAAGAUGAACUGGCACGGAUUUUCACCAACAGAGUUGACUGCAUUAUGGAAAAUCACUCAGGCGGCUUGAAGACAUUCAAGCUUGAUUAUUGUGGUUCUUCUUUCGACACCAGCUGUCUCAACAGGUGGCUUGACAGUGCUGUUACUCCAGGGAUUGAAGAAGUCAAACUUUCAAUGCCUCUAGGAUGCAACGCAGUUUAUUACGGCUUCCCAUGCUCAGUUUUAUUCAGUGGGAGUGGAAACUCAAUUCGACAUCUUCACCUCAGCCGUUGUGCCUUCCAUCCCACGGCAGGACUUGGUUGCUUGACAAGGCUCCAUCUGUCUCAGGUGCACAUCACGGGAGAUGAGUUAGGGCACCUUCUGUCCAAUUCUCUUGCUAUGGAGGAGCUGACUCUCAAUGGUUGUGGUAAGAUCAUUCACCUCAAGAUAUCUUGCCUGCUACAUCGGCUCAACAGCCUGUCAGUGUUUAAUUGCACAGCUCUGCAAGUGAUAGAGAAUAAAGCACCAAAUGUUUGCCUUGUCCGCAUCGAUGGCGCCCUAGAGGAACGUCUGGUUGGAGAUUUGUUGCAGGUGAAGGAACUGCAAAUGUUGGAUUACUACGAAUGUGACCUUGUUCAUUAUGCUUGUUCCAAGCUUCCAUUCAUCAUGCCAAAUCUUGAAACCCUCGGCCUAUCUUCGGCUGGAGAGAUGCUCAGCACACCAAUCUUAGCUGUCAAAUUCCUCUACCUGAAGAAGCUGCGGAUUGAUCUUAAUGAUCUACAGAUGGGGGGCUUUUCCCCAGCCUAUGAUUAUUUUUCUCUAGCUUAUUUCCUGGAUGCGUGUCCUGUCGUGGAGAAGUUUGUGUUGGGUGUAUCACAGACUCGAGUAAAGCAUGAAUUGAUUUCUGAUGAAGACUCGAACAUGAGACAGAUGCUGGGACAUCGCCAUUGCAACCUCAAGAACGUCAGGAUAAUGGGCUUCUGCUCUGCAAAGAGCAUGGUCGAACUAACUUGCCAUAUUCUUGAGAAUGCAACUUCACUCGAGCGCCUUACGUUGGACGCCAUAUACGAUAAUAGUAGUUAUGGGGACGCUGAUAGGUCUUGUGUCGGAAAAAAGGGUGAAUGCAACCCAAAAAGCAGGAGUAUCAUCAAGCACGCCCACAAAGGGCUGUGGGCAAUUGGUAAAUAUGUCGUGGAGAAAGUUCCCUCCACGGUUCAGUUAAGUGUGAAGAAGCUCUGCAGCCGUUGCCAUAAAAUUAAAUGAUGGUGCCUGGCCAUGCAGGCUUUAAAAAUACAAGUGUAUUUCGUGUACCUUCUUCAGUUGAUGAAACAUUCUAUCAGUGUUGUACAAAAAUACAUGGGCCGUGCUUUCUUUGUUUCUUUCUUAAACAAUCAUUUGUCUGGUUAUGUCAAGAUCAGCUCCUGGUGAACAUUCUAUUUUGACAAC